GCCCCCCAGCCGUUUGCAGCGGAGAUCGCUCUGAAUGACUCGGCAUGCAGACGACCAUUGACUUGGUAUGGCAGUCCGUAAGCCUUCAUCCGGAAAGGCCAGCAUUGAGAUACCUCACAGCUGAACGCACUGUGGGUUGGCUCAGCUACAAACAGGUGUGGCAUUUGGCGGGUCACGUGGCUCAACGCUUGAGUGGUUCCGUGCUGGCUGUGGCCAUCGAUGACGGGCCCUACUUGGCCCUGGCGGAGUUGGCGGCAUGGCGCAGGGGAAUGAUCCUUGUACCUUUGGAUCCACACGAUCCCCUGGUGCGGCUGCGGCACGUGUUGUCUGAAGCCCAGGCUUCAUGUUGUGUUACCAAAGACUGGGGCGAUGCCAAGAAGCUGUUGGAAGCCUUGGAAGCUCCGGUCUCUGGCUAUGGCUAUGCAUCCAAUGCCAUUGAGGUCAUCGAUCUGAACCUGGCCUUUCCUCUGACAGAUCUGACAGAGGAACUGGAACUGAGCCAGCUGCAACCACUGCAACCACUACCAGACUCCGUGGCAUACAUGUGGUUCACUAGCGGCUCAACGGGGCAACCGAAAGGUGUCCUGGUCUCGCAUCGGGCUUUCUGGAACUGGUGCAUGGUGAAAAAUGCGCCUCAAGGCAUCACUCCCGAGAGCGUGGUGCUGAUUGCAUCAGCCUCAACCUUCGAUCCCUCCAUUGGUGAUAUUUUUGCUACCUGGGCAGUGGGCGCUGCAGUGGCCGUGGCCCCACGCAUGUUGUUUUUCGCCAAUCUGGGCUGGGCCAUCCAACGCUUGGGGGUGACGCAUCUCACCUGCACGCCGUCCUUGUGGCAAUCCCUGGAGGACCUGGAGCUACCAAACCUCACAGUCUGCCUGGGUGGAGAACGGUCGCCACAGCCUUUGCUGGACCUAUGGGCGUCCAAGUUGACCCUGCUGAACACCUACGGCACCACGGAGUGCACAGUGUGGCAGACUUUGCGGCGAAUGAAGCCGGGAGACAAGGCUACUUUGGUGGGCUGCCCCUAUCAGGGCAAUGAGAUCCAAAUCCUUGAACGCGACGGCAUGAAGGUGAUGGACGCUGGUGAAGUGGGAGAGAUUGUGCAGGGCGGCGUGCAGGUUGGGAUUGGCUACCACAAUCGACCGCAACUUACCGCUGAGAAGUUCAUCGAGAUCCCUGGCCGGGGGCGCUGGUACCGUACUGGUGAUGGUGGGGUGCUUCAUGGGAACGAGUUGGAAGUGGUGGGCCGAUUUGACAGCCAGGUGAAGAUUCGAGGUAUGCGAGUGGAGCUGGGAGAAAUUGAAUCCGGUGUAGUGAAGGCAGCUGCCGGGCUGCUCAGCAAUUGUGCAGUGAAACUACGUGAUGGUGGCUUCCUGGUGGCUUACUGCCAGGUUUCCACCGCUGCUGCCGUCAUGAUGCACGAGUCCUAUUGCAUUCUGCCCGUCAUGAGUGACUUCCUGCUGCAACGGUCUAGCAAAGAACUGCCUCGACACAUGUUGCCCAGCAAGUUCAUCCUGAUGCAACGACUUCCUUUGACACCUAAUGGGAAGGUGGACGGCAAGGCGUUGCCGGAAGCGGUGGAUGCUUCCAGUUGUGCCUCCACAUCCCUGACGUCCUUGGAGCGAGUGGUCGCCACCGUCUGGGAGGAGGUCCUGGGCCGGAAGAACCAAUCUAUCUCGCCCAACGACCACUUCCUGGCACUGGGGGGGCAUUCCAUGUCUGUCCUGCAGGUCUCCCGGCGGCUACUGAAACUGGCGGCUGCAGCUGGGCAAGAUGCGGCUGGGCCUUGA